CAGCCGUCGUCUCCGUAGUCCGUUCAGAGUACUGACCAGAGUCGCAGGCUCGCAGCAUUUCCCCACGCGCACCCGAACAUGGCCGCUCCGACUGCCGCCGCCGCCGCCGACACAGCCACCUCGCCUCCUCCGCCGUCGGCAGAGCCCGCGGCUGCACCCGCACCGGAUCAGGUCUCUCAUCCUCCUCCUCCUCAGCCCGACGCACCUGCGCACCCCCUGGCGCCAGCGCCAGCGCCUGCUCCAUCCCCCGCGCCAGCGCCUGCGGCGGCGCCUGCCCCAGCCCCGAAGAAGCGGAAGCUGGAGGAGGUGGGGUUCCAUACCUCCGACUACUACAAGAUCCGCGCCGUCGUCGCCGACCUGCGUGUCCGCUUCGUCCAGGUUUACCACGCUACUGAUUUCCGCAACACUGAUGCUGCUCGUGAGAUCCUGAAAGAAAUAAAGGGAGUCAUGGAACUAUCCAAGAAAAUGAGGCUCAAGCUUGGUGCUACAUCUGAGCCUGUGAAAUCAACAGAGAAACCUUCAGCUGUACCUGUGAAGGAAGAGCCUGCGAAGCCAGCAGAGAAGCCUCCAGCUGUACCUGUGAAGGAAGAGCCUGUGAAGCCAGCAGAGAAGCCUCCAGCUAGACCUGUGAAGGAUGAGCCUGUGAAACCACCUUCAGUUGAACGUGUGAAGGAUGAGCAUGCGAAACCAUUAGAGAAGCCUUCAGCCGAACCUGUGAAGGAUGAGCCUGUGAAACCAUUAGAAAAGCCUUCAGCUGAACCUAUGAAGGAUGAGCCUGUGAAACCCACCGAGCCAGCUCCAGCUGGAGAAAAUAAUCAAGUUCCCGGGGUAGGUCAGACUACGAUUUCUCCUAAUAACGCAGGUGUUGAUUCAGCAGUCAAGAAUGAUAACUCAGAUGCGCAGCAGUGAAGAUGAUAAGUGGAGACCCAACCCAGCGAGAUGGCGGAUCACCCAUAGCCGCUCGACGAAAACGCAGAGUGACUAGUGGAUCCCCCAACCAGCUUGAGUUGUCUUGCCUUCUCCUGGAGAUAAUUCAGUAUGUAUGUGCUAACCAAAGAAGAGGGAUGAGGACGUAAAGACGCAAAUUAGAUUGCGCUGCUCACUUUCAUUCAUUCUGUAAUGUGUUUGCCCCAUGAAUAAUUUAUUCAUCAAAUUGUAGUUGUGUAGCUGGAUCGUACAUUACAUUUGUGCUGUUAAGUAUUGGCCAAUCU